AGUCCCUUUAAACUGAGUUUUUUUAUAUUUUGUUCCGCUGCGCUACCCGUUUGUGUUACCAUCGCGAUAGCAUGGCUAACGUGACAAUAACACCCGCCAUAUUUACGAUGUGUUACCCAGGAGUCGUUCCAACAGUUUGGCAGCGCUGUCACCGGUGGCCUACCUUCGGUUGUUCGGAAGGUGCUCGGCACUUUCCGUCUGAGAUCGGGUUAGUUGUCUCGUUCGCCCAGCAGAGCACGGCAGGCGCAAAAUGGCCGAAAAAGAUUCGAUUUGUACCAUGGCCAGUGAAACAGGUUUCAAUAAAAUAUCUGCCAUUGUGGUUUGCAAUGAUGACUGACGUCUUAUUUGAUAAGAUAUCAGUUUCCAUGUUUUGCCUGCCAAAGAAAAAUUGAGCCCAAUGUUUCCAAACGAAUCUAGUUCAGAUGAGAUUUCUAAAGUAAAUGUCGUUACACAAACGUUUAAGGAUAAUUUAGAGCCAAAUGUUGUGCCAGGAAAUUUAGCAGUAUUGCUACCUGCUGCUGGCUGUGAAUGUUUCGAUAGUGUUGUAGGAGGGGCAUCUAUCCACACUGCCCAUUUUGCCCCUCUGAUGUCCACAGACCAAGUACCUGCUCUCAGGGACUCAAUGGACUGCAGUACCAGUGGAUCCACGACCCUGGAAGCAGAAGUAGCAACAGACAGUCGGCCUCCUGUGCAGCAUUCUCCAUGCGCACAAAGUGAUCUAAUGGGACAUGCGUGCACAGAAUUUUCUGACCACUACCAGCAGCAGCAGCAAAUCAGUUCCAAAGAAGUAGCAGUUCAUUCAAAUGUAGAGCAAUCUGUCCUUCCUUUAGCAUCUACCACUGCCAGCAGGCUGGGGGAUGGGACAAACCACAAACAAACUAGUGCAGGGCUACAUGCUUUGCACCUCAGCAGUAACAAGUCUGAGGCCUUGGGCCAGCAGGGGAGCACAGGGGAAGCCGGAGGGAGGGAUAGAGCUGAACCACCCUCUUGCUCAUCCCCUGAGCUGGAGAUACUCUCAGCAUCUGUGAUAAUCAGCUCAACUUCUAGUGGCACCGCAGGUCUUCCGUCCCUUGUGGUGACCAGCCACAAUGCAGUGCAGCACCAGGACACCAGUGCGUCACUUGCAAGUCAUCUCGGUUCUUCCAACACCAAUAGUUCACCAACCAGUGCACAAACUUGCACGAAAUCAAUCAGUAAUUGCAAUCCACUGUCAGAUCUAAAAUACUUGGACAAGUCGGCACAUGUUCCUGAAACUUCUAAUAAUUAUAAGAGUGACAGCAAUAUUUUAAAUUCAACUGAAGGCCCUGCAACAAACUUACGAUGGGGAAUUCCCAGGGGUGUAGGAUUACGUGGUGGUGGAGAGAGCUCCCUAACCGGAGGCAGCGGAACUAGUGGCUGGGGUUCCGGUGCUGGGGGGACAACUGGCGGAGGCUGGGGAUCCUCCGCAGGGUCUUCACAGCAGCAGCAACAGUCGGGCUCCAGCCAGUGGGGUAAUAGUAGUGGUAGCAGCCGUUCCAGCUCUGCAGUCUCAAGUGGCCCAGGAUCUACUGCUACGAACAGCAGUGCUCAGCAAGGGUCAGGUAACUCAAAUAAGGGCAAUAAUUCACAAAGUGGACAGAAUUCUUCACAGCAGAGCCAGCCACAACAAUCACAACAACAAGGAGGUAGCUCUGCAUCAUCAACACAGUCUACAUCCUCCCAGAUGAGUCAACAAAGUGGCCAGACAGGUGGAGGUGCACAGCAGGUUGGGGGAGGUGGAGGUGGUCAAUCUCAAGGUUCACAACAGCAGCAGUCUGGUAGCGGCUCAGUAACUCAGCAGCAGACCUCCAGCUCAGCUGGACAGCAAGGCAGUUCCACAAAUCAAUCCUCUUCCCAGCAACAGCAACCAGGGACAUCAACUGGUCAUAUUCAGACUGUGACAUCUGGCCAGAGUUCAGUACAACAAUCUCAACAACAGCAAGGCAGUAACAAUGGUUCCAACUCUAGUGCAUCUGCUUCAUGGGCUGCUGCCGCUGGCAAAGGUCUAAGUGGCAGCGGAAGUGUAAAUACAGGAACUUCUAGUUCCGGACAACAGUCUUCUGGAGCAACUUCAGGUUCUUCCAAGCAGCAGCAACUUGAGCACCUGAAUUCCAUGCGAGAAGCACUCUUCAGUCAAGACGGUUGGGGAGGGCAACAUGUCAAUCAGGAUACAGGUUGGGACAUCCCUGCUUCACCUGAACCAGGUGUUAAAGAUGGUGCUCCUGUCUGGAAGCCAAAUGUCAACAAUGGGACAGACCUCUGGGAAGCAAAUCUGCGCAAUGGUGGUCAGCCACCACCCUCGCAGGCUGUUCAAAAGACACCAUGGGGCCAUACACCGAGUAGCAACAUCGGAGGCACAUGGGGUGAGGACGAUGAUGUGGCAGAUAGUUCAAAUGUGUGGACCGGUGUCCCUACAGCUCCCCCUGGCCCAGGCCCCACGGCAUCAGCGUCUCAGUGGGGUGGACCUGCAGCUCCUGGUGCGGCGGCAGCAGCUGCAGCUGCUGCAGCAGCCGUUUGGGGUGGUGGAAUGUUAGGCCCACGAGAGCAUAUGCAUGGUGUCGUUGAGGGGGGAUUGCGUGGAGAUGUAGGGGUGAGGGACAUUCGGGGCGUGGGUGAGAUGAGAGCUGCGACUGGAGUGGGAGUGGGGGAUCCUCGCCGCUUGAACGGUAGUGGUGUUGGUGUCGGGGCAGGAGGUGACACGAGUGCUAUGUGGGCAGCACACCCCACAGCAAGUGCUCCACAUCAUGGUGCUGCACAACACCACACUGGGCAACCGUCACAGGCGAAGAUGGUGCCACCUACAGUCCCUACAGCAGGCGUAAACCAGUGGGCUGGCCCACCCCCAAAAGAUCUCACUUUGGGAAGCAGUGUGGGUGUCACCAAACCAUCAGGUUGGGAAGAACCGUCUCCUCCAGCACAACGCCGUAAUCUGCCAAACUACGAUGAUGGAACAUCAUUCUGGGGCAGCCAAUCUAGUCGCAUUGGUAAGGUGUCCCAUUGGAAGGAAAUGCCAACUCCAAAUGUUGGGCGAGGAAGCAUGCCAUGUCCUCCAGGCAUGCCACAAAACAGACUUCCAGGAAACACAUCUGGAGGAGCAAAACCUGAUGGUACACCAAUUUGGGCCCAACCAGGAAGAAAUGGGUCGUGGGGUGAUACCACUCAUGAUGCAAGUAAUGCUGGCUGGGGUGAUGAAUCAAAGGUUGCUGCCAGCAUUAAUUCUUGGAAUGAGCCACCUCUCACUCCAACUUCUUGGGCUGGACCGAAAGCAAAGAAUCCUCUCAAUCCAGGUGGCUGGAUGGAUGGUGAUAUGGACACAAGUUCUUGGGGGCAUCCUCCAAAACAGGGUCCAAAGCAAUUAACGAGAGAUAUUGUGUGGUCCAGUAGACAGUUCAAACUACUGUCAGAGUUGGGAUUCAAGAAGGAAGAUAUCGAGAACGCCUUGCGUGCAAGCAACAUGAUUCUUGAGGAUGCUCAUGAGCUACUGUCCACUGCUAGUCGUGUGGGUGUUGAGAGCUGGCGUCGUCAUGAUGAUCAUUCGCCAUUUGAUCUCACAAGUGGACACCCAAAUGUUGGAGCAUGUGCAGCUGGUGUAGGUGUUGGUGUUGGAAUGGGUGCCUUUCCUGGUCAGAGAUUCAACCCUGUUGCUGCUCAACAGAUGCCCUUUGCACCACCGGGCCCUGGUGGUGGUGUGAGUAAUGCAGGACCAAACCUUUUGAAUAAUGCGGGAUUAAAUAUAAACAGCAUGAGCCCAGCUAUUAUGCAGAAGAUGCUCAGCCAACAGCCACCCCCAACACCGCAGCAGGCUCACCCUGGUGCUGCUGCCCAAGCAGCCGUGCAGCAGCCCACAGGUGCGGGUGUUGGUGUGGGCGCAUUCAGCUCACCUGCAGCUGCGGCGGCUGCUGCUGCUGCACGUGCACCCCAGGCGCAGCCAACUGCUACUCAGUUACGCAUGCUUGUGCAGCAAAUACAGAUGGCCGUUCAAGCUGGCUACCUCAAUCAUCAGAUUCUUAACCAACCAUUGGCUCCACAAACUUUGAUAUUGUUAAAUCAAUUGCUGCAACAGAUAAAGGCCUUGCAGAACUUGAUGCAACAACAAGCUGUUGUGCAAGUGCAACCCCAUAAGAAUAGUUCCAAUGCUGUUCUGCAAAUUUCUGUGCAAAUAACAAAGACUAAACAGCAAAUUACAAAUUUGCAGAACCAGAUAGCAUCACAGCAGGCAAUCUAUGUGAAGCAGCAGCAACAGCAACACCAGCAGCAGCAACAGCAGCAGCAACAACAGCAGCAGCACCAACAACAGCAACAGCAGCAACAACAGCAGCAGCAUCACCUUGCCGCUGUGCAAGGGGCACAGCAGUCUGAAUUUUUCAAAUCUACGCUGCAUGAUCAGAUGAUGCUACCUCACAAGUUUGCUGAUCUCACAAUUGCUACAGAUCCAACUGCACAGAUGCCAUCAUCUUAUCAGACCAGUCAGCAGUCCCGUCUGAAUCAGUGGAAACUGCCAUCUCUGGAGAAAGAUCAAGACGUGACCAGUAAUGAAUUCAGCAGAGCUCCAGGCACAACUACUAAGACUGCACUUCCUCAGAGUCAUUCUUCACCAAAUAUGAAUCCUCUCCUCGGACCUAGUGAUGGGACUUGGUCAACUGUAACUGCACGGGCUGGAUCAGAUACAGGUUGGCCUGAUGUGUCUGGAGCAGGCAGUGGUGGGGAUGGCAGCAUUCAGCCCGGAGGUGACAGUAAAGACCCAUGGCCAGCAGUUACUACCAGUGCAGCAGCUGCAUUCACAGACCUUGUACCAGAAUUUGAACCAGGAAAGCCAUGGAAGGGUACUCCAAUGAAAAGCAUUGAGGAUGAUCCGAGUAUCACACCAGGGUCCGUUGUGCGCUCUCCACUAUCAUUACCGGUAAUAAAAGAUGAAAUUUUCACUGGAGGCAGCAAAACCUCUCCUUCUGUCAGUUCAUCAAUGGAUACACCUGUACCACCUCUUAGCCUUUCCUCAUCUACGUGGACUUUUAAUCCUGCUCCACCAACAAGUUCCGUGGGAAAAUUGGGAGGUGGUGGUGGAGCAGGUGCUGGAAGUGGCAGCAAGGGUGGUUGGGGUGAACCACCUCCUUCUGGGGGCGUCGUUACUGGUGAGUUGUGGGGAGCCCCUUCUGGCGGAAUGGCAGCAGCCAGCAAAGCACGAGGACCACCACCUGGCCUGGCAGGUACUGGUGCAGGCGUUGCUGUAGGAAAGAGCAAUGGCUGGGGAGGCCUCAGUGGUUCUGUUGCCACAAAUGCUGCUGGCACUGGUGGCACAGGACGCUCUUCUUGGGGCAUUCAGACUCCUGCAUGGGGCUCCACAUGGUUGCUGCUCAGGAAUCUCACACCACAGAUUGAUGGCUCAACACUAAAGACACUUUGUGUGCAACAUGGUCCUUUGCUCAGUUUUCAUUUGUACCUGAAUCAUGGAAUUGCUCUUGCCAAGUAUUCUACACGUGAAGAGGCUAAUAAAGCUCAAGGGGCACUUAACAAUUGCGUCCUCGGCAAUACGACGAUUUUUGCCGAGUCACCUGGUGAGUCGGAGGUGCACUCAUUGCUACAGCACCUGGGCCAUGGUGGUGGUGGUGGUGCUGGUGGCCAGCAGACGUCUGGCAGUGGUUGGGGUCCAGGACCAGGUAGUGGACGUGGAUCAGGAGGCAGUGGUGCUGGAGGAUCCCAAGGUGGUCCAGGGCCUGCGAAGUCGGCAUCUGAUGCAUGGGGUGGAGUUGCAGGUAGCCAGCUUUGGCCACCUACUCCAUCAUCUGUCUCAGGUUCCUUGUGGGGAGACGGAACGUCAGGUGGCGAUCAGCACCGCUCGACGCCUUCGUCUCUCAAUUCGUUCCUGCCAGGUGACUUACUGGGUGAGGGCUCAGUGUGAACUAAACUUGUGCCUACCUACAGGAAUUUAAAAUCCUUUCCUUUGUCCCAUCUGUGCACGUAAACAUAUAUUGGGCAUAAUAUUGAGUGAAGAAUGAGCUUCUAUCGAAUCUUCUCCAUAGUGACGUACUCGAAGUUUUCCAUCCUUUUACAUAAGGAAACUGCUCCCAAAUUCCAUCUCCUAUCUAUCACCUCAGUGCCGGCAUGCUGUCCAACUGCAAAAUGUGUUGGAUAGUAGCCAUUGUAAAACAAAACUGAAUUUAAAAUAGAAUGACUUGGAGAACCUGUGCGCAUUGCUGUGGAGAAGAGAGAAAUCUCCAUACCUGUGAUCUCAGUUUCCUAUUUGCGCUAUACGGUUGCUUCUGUCCCCAUAACUAUGAGAGUCUAGUUAGUGACAGCAGUUGUAUUCUUAUUAUUAUGUUACUUAUAUAAAUAUAUAUAUAUGUAUAUAAAAUAUAUGAGGAUUGCAGUUUUGACUGUUAA